AUGUCUCGCCAGCGACGCCUGCGGGCAGAAGAGAAGGCACCCACAGAUACAGUGCUGGAGGUGCCUCCUCGAGUCGUCAAGAGACUUCUGCACUGGGAUGAUCUGCCACAUUGGCAACGCGACAACCGCCACAUUCAUACGGGAUACCGGCCGGCCUCGUCCUCGUUUCUAGUAUCAUUUCAAUCGCUGAGCUAUAUACACAAUGAAACUGUCAAUAUCUACACCCAUCUGCUGCCAUCUUUGAUGGCAGUGCCCGCGGCUUAUCAACUCUACCGCUCUCUGGCUCCGCGGUACCAAACAGCUACGGAUUCGGACAUUGCCGCUUUUUGUUGUUUCUUCGCCGGAGCAGCUUUUUGUCUUGGGAUGUCUGCGACCUACCACACAAUCUCCAACCAUUCGCCCGUGGUAGCGCGUAUUGGGAACGCCCUCGAUUACAUUGGCAUCGUGGGACUGAUCGUGGGCAGCUUUGUUCCGAGUGUCUUCUAUGGGUUCUACUGUGUGUCCGCGCUGCAACGGCUGUAUUGGACCAUGAUCUGUUCCAUUGGGGCAGGAUGUGUGUGCGUCUCGAUUCUUCCUCGGUUCCGGACGCCACGCUGGCGACCCUUUCGGGCAGCCAUGUUUGUCGGGAUGGGUCUCUCCGCGGUGUUCCCCGUACUGCAUGGUCUGCGGCUCUUCGGCUUUGAACGCAUGCGGCAGCAAAUCGGGCUGACUUGGCUGCUCCUCCAGGGCUUCCUGUACAUUCUGGGCGCGGGGAUCUAUGCGGCCCGGGUGCCGGAACGCCUGAUGCCCGGGACAUUUGAUAUUUUUGGGAGUUCGCAUCAAAUCUUCCACGUGCUGGUCGUGUGCGCGGCGGUAGCACAUCUAACUGGACUGCUGAGGGCAUUUGAUUAUCGGCACAGCGGGACCGCCGAGAUUUGUCAGAUUCCACGCGGCUGA